AAAAUUCAAAAAAAAAAUCGGGGUGGGCUCUGGGGCGGUCGCACUGACCGCUCUCCAUGCUAAGCCGUCCAUGCUAAGCCGGCCCUGAAUUCACACAUUGAGCCGUUUGGUUUAAUGAAAUCCUGGUCGUAUCGGUUCCGGUUUGUAACAAACCGGGUUGAUACAAAUUGGAAACCAACAGCUUCCAUGUACAGUCAAAGUAAAACAAACCCGCUCUGCGGACGCUGAUGCCGCCACGUCAUAACUUUCCGUUUCUGUGUUUAAAAAAAAAAAACUAAAGUCUUAAAAUAGAAGAAAGCAGAUUUCCGUUUCGCAUCAACGAAAAAGAAGAAGACGACGACGGAGGAGGAGGAGAAAUGCGAGUGGCGAGAUCAUAUCGCGGUAGCUCUAUGGCCGGAUUCGUGUCCCGUCGUCCGGCGAGGUUAAGUUCCCUACGGAGAAUCUUCACCGGUUGCCGCGCAGUGAUGCUACCACGAUUCGGCGGUCCGGAGGUUUUGGAGCUCCGGGAGAACGUUCCGGUGCCGAAUCUUAAUCCGAACGAGGUCCUCGUCCGUGCGAAAGCCGUCUCCGUCAAUCCUCUCGAUUGCAGAAUGCGAGCGGGGUAUGGGCGUUCUGUAAUACAACCACAUCUACCUGUUAUCAUUGGACGUGAUAUCAGUGGUGAAGUUGCAGCUAUUGGUAACUCAGUGAAGUCGUUUAAAGUAGGGCAAGAAGUUUUCGGUGCGUUGCAUCCUACUGCGUUGAGAGGUACUUAUACUGAUUACGGGAUACUUUCUCAGGAGGAGCUUACUGAAAAGCCAUCCUCGGUUUCUCAUGUGGAGGCGAGUGCCAUUCCUUUUGCAGCGUUGACUGCUUGGCGUGCUUUGAAGAGUAAUGCUCGGAUACUCGAAGGACAAAGGCUAUUAGUUUUUGGAGGAGGAGCAGUAGGUUUUGCUGCAAUCCAGCUGGGGGUAGCCUCUGGUUGCCAUGUUACAGCUUCUUGUGUUGGUCAGACCAAAGAUAGAAUACUAGCAGCUGGUGCCGAGCAAGCUGUUGACUACUUAACCGAGGACAUUGAGGUGACAGUGAAAGGAAAGUUUGACGCCGUGUUGGAUACCAUUGGUCGUCCUGAAACCGAGAGAAUAGGCGUAAACUUUUUGAGGAAGGGUGGUAACUAUAUGACUCUCCAGGGUGAGGCUGCAUCAUUGACUGACAGAUACGGUUUUGUAAUUGGGCUUCCGCUUGCAACUUCACUCUUAGCAAAGAAAAAGAUACAAUAUCAGUAUUCUCAUGGAAUAGACUAUUGGUGGACGUAUAUGAGGGCUGAUCCAGAAGGUCUAGCUGAGAUUCAGCGGUUAGUUGGAGCCGGAAAGCUAAAGAUACCAGUGGAGAAGACAUUUCCGAUAACCGAAGUUAUAGCAGCUCAUGAAGCCAAGGAGAAGAAGCUGGUCCCGGGUAAAGUGGUUCUAGAGCUCUGAACUAUAUACAUAAAGGAGUAACGAUAAUAAUACCCUGCAGAGCUCUCUAGCAGUUUUUUUUUUUUAGAAAUUACACGAAAGAGAAACAAAUGGUUUUUCCGUCUUGAGUUUUCUGUAAAUGAGAUCUAUCAGGCAUAGGAUUCACAUCAAGAACAUGAAGUUUUUGUAUAGACUUUCCCAACGGUUUCUUUUUAUUCGGACAUUGUCUUUUAGUGUUUCUGUUGUUGUCAUCUAUUGUAUGUGAAUCUUAUCAAUGCUGAGAUUGAUCUAUC